AUGCGUCCAGCGUAUCUCCCCAUUCGUUUCUUGCCCCAGCGCGUCCCCAGAUCCACCACCAUCAUUCCACUAUGCCACACAGCUGCUACUUCCAUGUCCACCGCUUCCACAGCAUCCACCCAAUCACGCUCGAAGAGCCGGAAGAAACAGUCGCGCGUGGCGAGUGUGCCUGUAUUUUGGCCAAUCACCGGCGUCUCGGAACCUCCCCUUUUACGUCCCCACGAAAUCGACCGCGUAAACCGGCUGUUUCACAUAGGAAGUACAGUCAUCACAAUGACGUCGGACCCGACCGACUUGCCACAGUGGGACGUGCCUGAGAUCGCGUUCGCCGGGCGCUCGAACGCGGGAAAGUCGUCCCUAAUCAAUGCUUUGUGUGGUCAGAAAACACUCGCACGGACGUCGAAAGUGCCAGGUCGGACGCAGAAGUUGCAUUUCUUGAGUGUUGGCGGUAAAAAGGGCAGUCUCCCGGACCUGUCGCUCGUCGACAUGCCAGGGUUUGGGUUUGCGACAGUCCCAAAAGCCGUGGUGGACCAAUGGCAUGCGCUCGUUGGCGGGUAUGUGGACAAGAGACGGGGCACCAACUUGAAGACCAUUAUGUUGUUAAUUGAUGCUCGACGCGGGUUGGGCACCGCCGAUCACGACUUUAUGGACUUUCUGCACGACUUGGGUGCGCUGUACCAGGUGGUGUUUACCAAAGUGGAUGCAGUGGACCGAUUGGAGCUCGAGAAGCAGAUCCAGAAGGCAAAGGAUGUGGCGCUGAAUGCCAAACGGAUGAGUAUGAACCCAAUCAUUCAGGUGACGAGUGUGAAGGAAGGACAUGGAAUCAAGGAAUUGCAGCGCCAACUUGUGAGUAUGACGGGACUGUUAACGCCGAAAUAA